AUGGCUGCACGAGUUCUUACUUGGCAAUCUUACUUUCAGAAGCAUACUGGCGAAAGUGACAAGUGGCGUCGGAGACCCGCUGCCAAUAAUUACACAGCAAUCUCCCUACGAGCUACAUUUUACUACUUGUUGCAGAACAGGGAGACAUAUGAGAGUCUCCGGAAAGAGAUUGGCGAUGCUACGGACAAGCUCUCACCCACAAUAACAUACGCUGAGAGUUUGCAACUCGUAUACCUAGUCGUGCCCGCCGGUGGAACAAAACUAUGUGACAAGCACAUACCCGCCGGUACCAUUGUUGGUAUCAAUGCGUCUGUCAUCCAUCGUGAUACCAACAUCUUCGGCGCCGAUACGGAUGAGUUCCGCCCUGAACGCUGGUUGAACAAGGAUGUGGAGACGAUCAAAUCCAUGGAUCGUUAUCUCUUGACUUUUGGUACAGGAACGAGGAGUUGUAUUGGAGAAAACAUCUCUAUUGUGGAGACGGGGAAACUGAUACCGCAAGUGAUACGGGACUUUGACCUGGAGUGGGCUUCAGAAAAGCCAACUUGGGAGCUCAAGGACUUCUAUAAGAAUUGA